AGGUUAUUCUCAAAUUUUCAAAUACAAACAAACUACAAAUUUGACUGUUGUGUUGCCUUGUUUAUGUGUUUUGUUUGAAAAAUUCAAAAUGAAAAGCAUUAAAAUUUCAAUAAAACCAUUUGAGCAAUUGCUUCCAUAAAUUGCUCUUAAUAGUGAGUUACCGUUAAGCGACAAUUUUCCAGUGUUUUAUUUUAAUCUACCAAACAAAUCCUCUCAAAAUGAAUGGACAACAUUCCUUUAGUGAUAGAAUUGAGGACUAUGAAGUCCACAACGUAUUGGGUAAAGGCGGUUUCGCUUCUGUGUAUCAAGCUAUGUGCCGAAAAAGUGGUGUUAAUGUUGCCAUCAAAAUGAUUGAUAAAAAACUCAUGCAGGCUGAAGGAAUGGUAGGAAGAGUCCAACAAGAAGUAUCCAUACAUUCUAGGCUCAAGCAUCCUUCUAUUCUUGAGCUGUAUACUUUUUUUGAAGAUGCUAAUUAUGUGUAUCUGAUACUUGAGCUAUGCCAUAAUGGGGAAUUGCAGCAUUAUAUCAAAAGAAAGAUGUUGACUGAGGCAGAAGUAAGCAGCAUAGUGAAACAAGUAGUCGAAGGAAUUAAAUAUCUACAUUUCCACAAUAUCCUUCACCGUGAUAUAUCUUUAUCAAACCUUUUAUUGACUAAAGAUAUGCAAGUGAAAAUAGCUGAUUUUGGAUUAGCAACGCAACUAACACGUCCAGAUGAAAAACACAGAACAAUGUGUGGGACACCUAAUUUUAUAUCUCCCGAAGUAGCAACAAGAGGUUCCCAUGGUUUAGAAGUAGACGUCUGGGGACUUGGCUGUUUACUUUAUACUCUUUUAGUUGGAGCACCACCUUUUGACACUAAUGGUGUUAAGAGCACCUUGACUAGAGUUGUAAUGGCAAAUUACAGCCUUCCAAAGCACUUAUCUCCAGAAGCUAAGGAUUUAAUUAAUUCAUUGCUACAAAAAAAUCCAAAAGAUCGUAUAAGUUUGGAACAAAUUUUAGAUCAUCCAUUUAUAAAAAGAGGCUUUGUUAUGACUAAUAAUUUAACACAUGAUAGUGGUAUACACACAAUGUCAAGCCGAAGAGAGAGUGCUUACAGUGAUGGCAUAUUAGCUCACAACACUUACAAUAAUGUAAUCCAUUCGAAAAAAGCCAAUAGUGAUUGCUACCCUUCUGAAAUGCCGUAUCAAUCUGGGCGUUUGACACAAAGUAUGGAAUAUGCCAACCGUUUUCAACCGAAUUUACACAACUACACUCCCCAAGAACCGGUCCUUUCUAAUUAUGGAUCUAAUUGUGAUCCUGGUAGUAGAUGUAGCUACCAUGAUUUACCUGCUAGUGUUAGUCAGUGUAGUAACCAUCAUUACCAUCCAAACGAUCCUGGAGGAGGCAAUCAAAUUUUAAAAGGAAUUCCAACAAAAUCACCCCCACUACUUUCAGAGUGUUCAAGCCAUGUAGAUACUAAAAAUGUUUUAUGUAGUCUAGAAAAUCUUCACCUGACACAAGAAGCUCCAUCAAAUGUACCCAACUAUCAAAGCACUGAAAAUCUUGAUACAGGGUCUAUUAAGAAGUCUCAAAAUUUAGUACAGUUGUGUUCUCAAAGAUUACUUCCAACAAGACAUCAAACAAAAAAUGCUAUUUUAAGCAUACAAGGCGAUGGAGAAGUGGCUGUUGAAUUUAUCAAGAAAAAAGGAUCUUUGAAGAAAGAUGUGGUGUGUGAAAUUAUGAGGAUAUCACCUGAUGGCUUAAGGAUAGUUAUGUACGAACCUGAAGGUGGAAGAAGCGUAACUCCCUCAGAAGAAACUCCGCCUCUACCUGCACAAGGUGCAGACAAAAUCUACAGCAUAGAAAAUCUACCUGAAAAGCACUGGAAGAAAUAUAUGUACGCAUUUAAAUUUGUGGAACUAGUGAGAGCUAAAACCCCGAAAGUCACUUAUUACAGUGACAAAGCCAAAUGUUUGCUAAUGGAGAAUUUGGCGGAUUUUGAAGUGUGCUUUUAUGAGGGUGGUAAAGUAACCCAAUCUUCUACUGACGGUAUAACAAUCAUAGAUUCACUGGGACACAAAUACAACUUCCAUAACCCCAAUGAAUGCCGGAAUCUCUCAGGAUCAUAUGAGCUAAUGUGGAAACAUUCACAAGAAUGCUUUGAACAUUGUUUAUUGCUUGAAAAAACUUUAUCAAGGCUGCAAGGAAACAAUUUUCCUAUAAUUGUGGGCCGGAGACCUUCAGCAAUGACGGGCAAUUGUGGAAAAGAGAAUUUUUCAAAAUCUGCAUUGCCAUCGUUCAGUGCAUCAAUGACUAGCUACUCUCCAAGUAGUGCUUUUGGCACUUCAAACGUUAACAAAGGAAAGCGUGUUGCUGUACCAGGAGUUGGUACUGCCACUCAAAUGCCCAACGGAGAAGUUAAAGUACAAUACAACGAUGGUUCUCAAUUAUGGGUUGACGGCAAACAUCACGUACGAUAUCAGUAUCCUGAUGGACAAGUAGUGAAUUAUCGAGAUACUGACAGUAUUCCUAAAUCUAUAAUGGAAAAAAUGCAGUUGAUGCCUAAAGUUGUCAAGCAUUUGAGCACGCCGCCGGUUACUAAACAAAUUCAAUAUUUAAGAAAACACAAAAACAUAUUCAGGAAAAGCUGAUAGAAAUUGGAUUUCAAUUCUCAACUUACGCACCUCAAGGUUCACUCCUAAUUAAUAUUGUUAUCAACAUUAGUUAUACAUUGUAAAAAGGGUGUUUUUCUCUUUUUUUUUUUUGAAAAACUGUCUGUGUCUGAGAGUAAAAGUUAAUAUAAUCAAGCUAAACAUUAA